AUGAAUCCUUUAAUUUUUUUUAGUUGCCUAGUGGUUCUCACAGGAUGUCUUCUUGGAGGAGCAAAUGCCGAAGUAGAUGAUGAUUUCACUACUGAACAACAACGCUUACUUCAGGUGUAUGGCGAUUCUUCGGUGGAUGAAGCCACAAGAUAUAGAAAUGUCGACGAUCUAGCCAAGUUCUAUGAGAAAUACUCCUCUGUCCUCCUAUUGCCAAAUCCCCUUAAAGAACGUGCCCAGGAUAUCUUUAGGAGGUAUAAGGAGGAAAACUCUCGUGAUGUUCAAGUGGAUGGUGUAGCGGCACAAGGAGGAUUCUGGAAGUCCCUGAUAAAGCUUCUCGUUGUGCAGCUGGGCGUGGAACUUGCCUCUGAGGGAAUCAAACGUGCUACAGAAUCUUAA